CAAAGCUGCGAAUCUACCCCUUGCGCGACUUCGCUUGUUCCGGCAAAUCCUAUCCAAAUUGUCAAAUUCAAAGCUUCCAUCGUUUAAACUUUUAUUUAAACGCCACCACCUCCACCCUCCACGAGCGGAAGACGAGGAGUCCCCUACGCCUCGGGCAUCCGCUUCGAUUCCCACGCGACAAGGUUUCUCUUCUCUUCGGUUUCGGCUCCCCACCACGCAACGCUAACGCCGGCGACGGAGGAGGAGGAGGAGGAGGAGGAGGAGGAGGAGGCGGCUCUGGCUAGGCUGCAGGCUGCUGGAUAGUGUGAGCGAGCGGAGCACGGGCAUGGUGCGGGUGGAGGAGGAGCAGACCCCAAUGGACGCGGCCCAGCGCCGGCUGCGCGCCGUCUCGGCGCACCUCCAGCCGCCGGAGUCCGCCGGAGUGGGCCUCGCCGCCAACCCCACCGCCGGCGAGUACGCGGACGUGCAGGGCUACAGUGCUGUACUCCCUGAGAAGUUGCAAACUGGAAAGUGGAAUGUAUAUCGGAAUGCGAAGACACCCCUAAGGUUAAUAAAUAGAUUUCCUGGCAGCCCAGACAUUGCAACGCUUCAUGAUAAUUUCGUGUAUGCAGUUGAGACCUUUAGGGACUGUAGAUACCUGGGUACAAGAGUCUGUGCUGAUGGAACAGUUGGGGACUAUAAAUGGAUGACAUAUGGAGAAGCUAGUACAAACAGGACUGCAAUCGGUUCUGGUCUUAUAUAUCAUGGAAUACCUGAAGGUGCACGCAUUGGUUUGUAUUUUAUAAACAGACCUGAGUGGAUCAUAGUUGAUCAUGCCUGUGCAGCAUAUUCAUAUGUAUCUGUGCCACUUUAUGAUACUCUAGGUCCAGAUGCAGUUCAGUUCAUUGUUAAUCAUGCGACAGUAGAAGCUAUUUUCUGUGUGCCUCAAACACUAAGCACUCUGUUAAGCUUUAUAACUCAAAUGCCAUGUGUUCAUCUUAUAGUGGUAAUUGGUGGGGACAAUACAACUGUGCCAUCUACCCCGACAACUACUGGAGUGAAAAUUAUGACUUACUCCAGUCUACUCAGUCAGGGGAAAAUGAGUUCUAAACCUUUCCGCCGUCCAAAACCUGAAGACAUUGCCACUAUUUGUUACACUAGUGGUACUACCGGCACACCGAAGGGAGCUGUUCUGUCUCAUAGGAACUUAAUCGCAAAUGUGUCAGGAUCAAGCCUGCUCAUUAAGUUUUACCCAUCUGACGUGUAUAUCUCAUAUCUACCUUUAGCUCACAUAUAUGAGAGAGUUAACCAGAUUGCACUGCUUCACUAUGGUGUUGCCAUUGGAUUCUAUCAAGGGGAUAAUUUGAAGCUGAUGGAUGAUCUCGCUGCACUGAGACCAACAGUAUUCGCUAGCGUGCCCCGGCUAUAUAACAGAAUUUAUGCUGCAAUUACAAAUGCUGUGAAAGAGUCUGGAGGGUUGAAAGAAAAAUUGUUUCAUGCUGCAUAUAAUGCUAAAAGGAAAGCAAUUAUUAAUGGACGAAAUCCGUCCCCAAUGUGGGACAAGUUGGUAUUUAACAAAAUAAAAACUAGGCUUGGUGGACGCGUGAGGCUUAUGAGUUCAGGUGCUUCUCCAUUGUCAGCAGAUGUCAUGGAAUUCCUAAGGAUAUGCUUCGGUGGUAUAGUAAUUGAAGGAUAUGGAAUGACAGAGACAUCCUGUGUCAUCACUACAAUGGAUAUUGAUGAUAGGUUAAUUGGUCAUGUUGGACCUCCAAAUCCAUCUUGUGAGAUUAAACUAGUAGAUGUCCCAGAAAUGAAUUAUACCUCUGAGGAUCAACCAUGUCCUCGUGGAGAAAUUUGUGUUAGGGGGCCUACGAUAUUCUGUGGCUACUAUAAAGACGAAAUCCAAACUAGAGAGGUCAUUGACGAGGAUGGUUGGUUGCACACUGGAGACAUAGGUUUGUGGCUGCCUGGAGGACGUCUAAAAAUUAUAGAUAGGAAAAAGAACAUUUUCAAGUUAGCUCAAGGAGAAUACAUAGCUCCCGAGAAGAUUGAGAAUGUCUAUGCCAAGUGCAAGUUUAUUGCACAGUGCUUUAUAUAUGGUGAUAGUUUCAACUCUUCUUUGGUUGCUGUAGUAGCAGUUGAACCAGAGGUGUUGAAGGCUUGGGCUGCAUCAGAAGGAAUCCAGUUCGAGGAUUUAAGACAGCUAUGUGCUGAUCCAAGAGCAAGAUCUGCUGUACUGGCUGACAUGGAUUCUAUUGGAAAGGAAGCACAGUUAAGAGGUUUUGAAUUUGCCAAAAAUGUUACCCUUGUUGCUGAACCUUUCACAUUAGAAAAUGGUCUCCUAACCCCAACAUUCAAGGUCAAGAGACCGCAAGCUAAAGCUUACUUUGCAAAAGAAAUCGCAGAUAUGUAUGCACAACUGCGCGAAGCAGAACCAACAAAGCCUAAGCUGUAAUGACGCGAGUAGCAAACAGAACAAAGGUUCAAUAAAGACAGGAGAUUGAGUUCACCAACUGUUUCAACCUUAUCUUCUGCUUAUCUUUAUAAGCCAAAUUUUAAAUUUUUAACUAUAUUUUGAAGUUUUUUCAUUGUAUUUUAUGUUUUAGCCUUGACUUUUAUAUCGUUAAGAACACAUAUAUAAAAAUUCUAUUUAUAAAUUAUUUUUUACUAGCACAAUGCCCGUGCUAUGCCAUGUGGAUAAAAAGAAUCAUUUGAUGUAAAAUUUCAUUAAAGCACCUGGCAUAUAUAUAUAUAUGUGUGUGUAAUGUGUACAUAAUUUAAUAAAACAACAUGAGCUAUGUUGAUGUGACGUGUACAUGGGUAGGAUGGAAAACAUAUUUGAUGAC